UUUAUGGCUCUAUGAUUUUACCCGAGUUCGAAAUAGAGAAAAUUAUGCUAGAAGCUUUUUCCCGCGCUAAGGAGCUCUGAGAAUUUCCCUAAUCAACUAUGGCUCCUAAAGCAGAUAACACCGAAGGAAUUGUGCUCAAUUUCGUAAACGAGCAAAAUAGACCAUUGAAUGUCCAAAAUGUGGCAGAUUCACUGCAAAAGUUUAACCUUAAAAAGGCUCCAAUACAAAAAGCCCUGGAUAAUCUCUGUGACAGCGGUAAGAUAUCAUUUAAAGAAUAUGGCAAGCAGAAAAUCUAUCUAGCUCGGCAAGAUCAAUUUGACAUCCCAGACAGUGAAGAGCUUAACAAAAUGAAGGAAGAAAAUGCCAAUCUACAAGAAAAGUUGGAUGAACAGAAGAAAACCACCAGUGAGGUUGAAGCAGAAAUUAAGUCUCUGCAAUCAAAUUUGACUCUGGAAGAGAUACAUGCUAAAGAAGCCAAACUGAGAAAAGAGGUUGAUGAGAUGGAAAAGAAACUAAUUAAAUUGCGGGGAGGUGUAACCCUGGUAAGUCCAGAAGAAAGAAAAGCCAUCGAGGGGCUGUAUUCUGAAGCCUUAAAUCAGUGGAGAAAGCGAAAAAGGAUGUUCAGAGACGUAUGGGAUGCCAUUACUGAGAACUCUCCCAAAAAUCCUAAAGAGUUUAAGGAGGAGCUUGGAAUUGAGAAUGAUGAGGAUGUUGGUGUGGAUUUUCAGUCUUUUGCUGACCUGAUGCAAAAUGGCAAGAAGCAUGCUAGAGGCUAGUGACUAUUUACUUAUACUUUACAAUAGGAAUAUGCUUGAUCAAGUGUUCUAUGAGUAUAUAUUUGUAGACUUUGAAAUUGUGUAAUCUUGGUAUUUUUGAAGUUGUUGAUCUUCCUUUCUGA